AUGAAUCCGCUGCCCGGCGGGCCGUUCCCGCAGCCAGGCCUGACCUGGCAAGAACACCGUACGCCUGAUGGACGCGUGUACUACUACAACUCCCUGACGAGGGUCACGCAAUGGACCAAGCCGGAGGACCUGAUGACUCCCGCCGAACGUGCGCUCGCCAACCAGCCAUGGAAAGAAUAUACAGCCGAGGGCGGCAAAAAGUACUGGUACAAUACCGAAACCAAGCAAAGCUCGUGGGAGAUGCCUGAAGUCUACAAGCAAGCUCUUGGUGUCGGAACUACGACACCGACCAGCGCUGCUACUCCUACCGGUCCUUUUUCGGCUCCCGGAGGUGGCCAUCAAGGUGGAUAUGGAGGUGAUAAUUACCGCCCCGACCGCGAUCGCGACCGUGACUAUCGUGACCGUGACCGUGAUCGGGACCGUGAUCGUGACUAUCGCGAUCGGGAUCGGGACCGGGAUCGGGACCGUGACCACCGCGACCACCGCGACCACCGUGAUCACCGAGAGCCACUGGGGGAGUCACGCCAGUUGACGUUUGGCAACAACAAUGCAGCUCCAGCUUUCGUUCCUGCGACCGCCGAUCCGGAAUAUGCGACACCAGAGGAGGCCGAGGCUGCCUUCGUCAAACUUCUGAAACGCAGUGGCGUCCAGCCCGACUGGACUUGGGAACAAACCCUCCGAGCUGUUGUCAAGGAUCCUCAGUUCCGCGCCAUCAAGGAUCCAAAGGAUCGCAGGGCCGCUUUCGAGAAGUAUUGCCAUGAUGUCAUUGUUCAGGACAAGGAGCGUGCAAAGGAGAGACUAACCAAGCUGCGCGCCGAUUUCGCCACGAUGCUACGGAGUCACCCGGAAAUCAAGCACUACACUCGCUGGAAGACUGCUCGGCCCAUGAUCGAGGGCGAGACCAUCUUCCGAUCCACCAAUGACGACAACGAGCGACGCCAGCUGUUUGAGGACUACCGUGUUGAGCUUAGGAAGACACACAAGGACCAGCAGAUCGCCUUGCGCAAGAGUGCUAUGGACGGUUUGAUUGAGCUUCUCCCCAAACUUGACCUUGAGCCCUACACUAGGUGGUCUGAGGCACAAGGCACUAUUGAGAGCACUGCAGAGUUCCAGCAGGAUGAGAAGUACAAGUCCCUCAGCAAGUAUGAUAUCCUGACCGUCUUCCAAAACCACGUCAAGGCUUUAGAACGCACCUUCAACGACUCGAGGCAAGAGGAGAAGAACAAGAAGCUGCGUAAGGAGCGCAAGAACCGCGACAAUUUCUGCGCUCUUCUUGCCGAGUUGAGAAAGGAUGGUAAGAUCAAAGCAGGAUCCAAGUGGUCCAAGAUCUACCCUCUUAUCGAACACGAUGAGAGGUACUUGGCUAUGGCCGGCCAGCCCGGCUCUACCCCCAUGGAAUUGUUCUGGGACGUCGUCGAGGAAGAAGAACGUGCCUUGAGAACCACCAGGAAUGAUAUCCUGGAUGUCAUUGAUGAUAAACGGUUUGAGGUCACUCCCAAGACAACUUUCCAAGAGUUUGAAGCAAUUGUGAAAGAUGACCGCCGCACCGCUAACAUUGAGCGCGAUAUUCUUGAGCUUAUUUUCGAGCGUCUUCAAGAAAAGAAGGCCAAACGGUCAGCAGAUGACGACAAGCAUUCUGAACGCCAGCAGCGUCGUGCCUUGGACGAUCUUCGUUCGUACCUCAAGAGGUUGGAACCUCCCAUCACAGUCAAUGAUACUUACGAGCAGGUAGAGGGUCGCAUUGCUCAGAGCGACGAGUUCAAGGCCGUCACUUCCGACGAGGCUCGCCGCGGUGCCUUCGAAAAGCAUAUUCGCCGCUUGAAGGAAAAGGAAGAAGAGGCCGAAAGAGACCGACUGCGUCGUCGUGAUCGCGGCGACUCGUAUCGGGACAGGGGUGAGCGCUCUCACCGCAGCAGUGCACGCUCCGCUCGCAGCCGCAGUCCAGAACACGAUCCGUACGAGGCAGACCGCCGCAAGGCCAUCGCCGAGCGGGAACGCAAUUUCCGCAAGUCCAGCAUGGCAGAGAGCCUGCUUUCGGACCGCAGGUCAGUAGAUGGUCACCAUGACUCUAUUCGAGACAGAGAUAGGGAUCGCGAUCGCGAGCGUGAUCGUGAUCGUCGUGACUACCGUGACCGUGAUCGUGAACGGGAGAGAGACCGUGAUCGUGACCGUGAUCGCGAGAGAGACAGGGACAGAGACCGGGAGAGGGACCGCGAUCACCGGGACAGAGACCGCGACCGUGAACGUGACCGCGACCGUGAUUACGACCGCCGCCCUCGCCACGACGAGCUCAACCAUUAUGACCGGGAACGACGCAGUCGCGACGAGGACAGGGAGAGAAUCUAUCGCAGGCGAGUAAUGGAUCGCGAUGUUGAUGAGCUGCCAUAUGGUGACGAGAGACCCAGCUCAUCCCGCCGCACGCGCCCCGAAGAGGACGACCACGACCGCCGUGACGGCAGGCCCCCGGCGAAGAGAGUCAAGACCGAGCCUAGCACCACCGCUACUCCCGCCGCCGGUGCUCCUGCCGCUCCCGCCACCGCUCCCGCCGUUAAGGGUGAGGCGACGAGCCCCGCUCGUGAUGGCGUCAAGUCGCCACAGCCUCAAAAACAGCAAGAGAAGGAGAAGACGCCGCCGCCACCCGCUGUCGUCCGUGCGGGUAGCGAAGAGGGCGAGAUUGAGGAGGACUAA